GGAUAAAGCAGAACCCGCUGGCACUAGGCAAAGCUUCCAACACACAAUCCCCAACACAGCUUGGGAACCGAAAAAAGCUACAGAUCCAGCCACUCAGCCCAAGCUUGGGGGAGCCACCGGUAUUGCCUGGUUGCAGAGGGGAAGGGGAAAAAAAAAAAAAAAAAAGGAAAACAACGUGAUCCAUGUUAAACAAAAGAAUUUGUGGACUAGGAGGCGGGAGGGUGACUACCUGCCGAAAGGGAACUUUCUGAUAUCCGUGCAUAUAUAUAAACUUAGUCGUGCCUUUCAUGUUCUGCAACUGAUCACCGAUCAGAUUACGGGCAUUUCAUCUCCCUGCUCGUCUGCCUUUGAUCUGCAUGGUUAAUUUUAUUUUCCUGGAUUUGAAGUUUCGUCUGGGCUUGUGCUGACAUACAUUUUUGGGAAGGUAGAAGCAUUUGGCAUAGAAGUGCUGCCAAGGAGAAACUAAGUUGCCGAAAGGAUUACUUUCACUGUACUGGUUGGAGGAAGUACUCACACAUGCCAAACAUGAGCUGUAUCUGCUUCUUUGUGGAGCUGCAGGCCCAAGACCCAAGCCUUGCAGGGUAUAUGCCACUCAGGAGCACUGGAGCCAACCCACCUGGGUGUACAUCUUGCUAUGCCUCUCAUUGGCCUUGAGCAAGGGACUCAGUCCUCUCUGAGCCUGUUUCCCCACAUCUCUAAAAUUGGAUAUCUACCUUCUAGAGUCCUUGUGAAGAAAACUCCUCCACAAUAAAUACACGUAAUAAGAGCCAUGGCUUUAAAAGUGCUCCUGGAACAAGAAAAAGCAUUUCGCACCAUUGUACUUUUACUGGCCUAUUUGGCAUGUGAAGUGAUUUGUGAAACAGGAGACUGUAGACAACAAGAAUUCAGGGAUCGAUCUGGAAAUUGUGUUCUCUGCAAGCAAUGUGGGCCAGGCAUGGAAUUGUCUAAGGAAUGCGGCUUUGGCUACGGGGAGGAUGCCCAGUGCAUGACGUGCCGGCCUCAGAGGUUCAAGGAGGACUGGGGCUUUCAGAAAUGCAAGCCGUGCCUGGAGUGCGCGGCCGUGAACCGCUUCCAGAAGGCCAACUGCUCCGUCACCAGCGAUACCGUCUGCGGGGACUGCUUGCCAGGGUUUUAUAGGAAGACAAAACUUGUCGGUUUUCAAGACAUGGAGUGUGUACCUUGUGGAGAUCCUCCUCCUCCUUACGAGCCACACUGUACCAGUAAGGUCAACCUCGUGAAGAUCCCAUCCACGGCCUCCAGCCCGCGGGACACAGCCCUGGCGGCCGUUAUCUGCAGCGCCCUGGCCACUGUCCUGCUGGCCCUGCUCAUCCUCUGUGUCAUCUAUUGUAAGAGGCAAUUUAUGGAGAAAAAACCCAGCUGGUCUCUGAGAGCACAAGACAUUCAGUACAACGGUUCUGAACUGUCAUGUUUUGACAGACGUCGGCUCAACGAAUCUGUUCCCAGAGCUUGUUGUCGGUGCCACCGGGACUCGGCCCAGACCUGUGGGCCUGUCCACUUGAUUCCAUCUCUGUGCUGUGAUGAGGCCUGCAGCGGGGACCGGGUGACUCUUGGCUGUAGGGUGCAUUCCAAGGCCACUCUUCAGGAGAGACACACAGGUCCAGCAGGGGAGACCAUGCCCACGUUCUUCGGGUCCCUUUCAAGGUCCAUCUGUGGUGAGUUUUCAGACGCCUGGCCUCUGAUGCAGAAUCCCAUUUGUGGUGAUGACAUCUCUUUUUGUGACUCAUAUCCUGAACUCCCCGGAGAAGAAACUCAUUCUCUCAGUCCAGAGAACGAAAGCUCAUCAUCUUUGGAUUCAAACAGUAGCCAGGAUUUGGUUGGUGGAGCUCUUCCAGAGCAUUCUGAAAACUUUAUGGAAACUACUGAUUUCUCUAGACAUAACAGCCCCCCGACAGAACCAGUGCUGACUCAGAAUACACUGACUACCAGAAGCCAGCUACGGCAGGAGAGUGGUGACAUCACUGACCUGACCACUCAGACAUCCCUGCAGGAAGCUUAAAGGAGUUGCUUCUUUCUGCCGUUGAAGCAUAUGGAUGGAACCCACCGGGCACUCGCCCCUCCGCUUAGGCUUAUGAACUGAGCACAGUCUGGACCCUGCGCGGCUUCUGGGGGAAAAGAAAAUAAAUCUGAACCAAACUGAUGGCGUUUUAAGCCUUUCAACCAGUUGCUUCUGAGCCAGACCAGCUGUAAGCUGAAACCUCAAGCAAUAACAAGGAAAGACUCCAGGCACUCACAAUACUUUGCAUCUUUCCUAAACAAGAAGCUUCUAUGCCACAAGCGUGACUUCAAAGACUGAUGGGUCGAGUUUGCAGCCUACGAGAUUAUGAGCAUAUAACAAGAAACAGAAAUGCAUUCAUGCUUAUUUUCACGGCGAAUGUGGUUUUACCAGACUGAAGACCCAGACUCUAUGUUUUUUCAUUUAUACUUUCUCUCCAGGAAUAAUUUCAUAUAGCCAAUUAUCCUACUAAAAGUCAGUGUCAGAUUAGUUACCUGAGUUAUUAUGUCGAAGCGUUCAAAAAUGAGUGUUUGUAUGUGAUGAAACUCACUUUUUCAUCAUCUGAUUAGCUUAAGAGGUUAUAAUUGACUUCAUAUUGCCUGCCUAAAUCAUGGGUUUGUUAGAAGAAGGCAACUGGCCUGACUAGGAAUCAGAGGAGGGCAAGCCUUCUCCAGAACGGAGAACCUGUAACCUUAGCUACUGACUUGUGAACCCCUGCCGGAGCUGGUAAUGAGAGGAGCCUGAGCUGGGGAAGUGGUGGGGAAAGAGCUGCCCACCACCCUGUGUUAAAAACCACUUAGCACAUGUAUCCUAGAGACUUGGAUACAAUGAUUAGCAUAUUUCUGUGAAAAGCAAUUGAUAUGGAAGCAUUUGUUACUUCUGACUCUGUGAUUGAGCUUAGAAGAUCCAGAAUUUCUCUCUUAUAGAAAAGUGAUAAUUUAUAAAGAUAAUUUUCCUCCCCUCCCCUCCUUCUGCCUCCAAAGCCUACCAGCCUGUCCUCUAUACCUAUGAGUUUAUUUUUGUUUUUGUUUUUGCGUCAUAUCUUAUAACUAAGGGCUUUAGAAAUUACCGCUUAUCUGGUUCCCCUCCUGCUGGAAUGUAACACCCAGCGAACCGUCUUAAGAGACUGCACGACAUACUAGAAUGGGAAGAAAAAGCAGGCAGCCUAGAGGAGAGCAGUUCGUAACUGCCCUCAUGGAGUCCGCCCAAGUGUUACAGUGGUCCCUCCGACUGUGCACAUUUCGUUAGCACAGUGAUCUGCCAUAGGCAGUGAUGCUGGAUUUAAGUGUGGCGUCAGGCGCCCCAUCCCUUACAUCCUUGGUGUUUACACACUAGAAUUUUCUCUACAGCUAAGAGAGACAAUGAACCCAGUUCAGCCACAAACCGGAAGAUGGCUCAUUUGCUCUUAAUCUUUACACCCUGGAGAGGAAUUACUUGAGCAGGAUUUAUCUGUUUCCUACUUGAACCUACAUGAUCAGCUCUGGCCUUUGUCUUUUCACAUUUGCACUUAAAAAAGAAAUCGAACAUCACUGUGUUUGAGCUCACUAAAAUACAUAGUUUCCCAGUUGCCCCACCCAGAUCACUCUUUUACCUAACAUUAAAUUGAACUAAAAAAGAUCUGUCUUUCUUAGGACUUUUUAUCUUCUCACUUAUUAGACCAUGCUUCUCUCUCUCUGUAGGAAGUUAGGAACAUCUAAUGAGCCUUCUUCUUGGUAGCUGGACCGGUUUCUCUCCCCAUGGUUUUAGGCUCUAAUAUGUGUGGAUUAGCUUGCCUGUGCUUGGUUCUUCUCGUGACCUCAGUUCCUUGAACCAAAAUAAGAAAUUAGAAUCAUCUCAGGGUGACCCACAAUCUUUUGUGUCUCCCUAGUACCCUCUUUUCUUUUCCUUUUGGAGCAUUCACCAAUGGUUUUUAAAUUUUGAUAAGUCGCCAGCUCUUAGGAGAGUUGCCUUUAGGAAAGUCAUGUAAAAUAUUUAGGAUUUGACCACAAGAUGUCUAUGAAAAUGCACACUAGAGUUUCCUCGAGUGGCUUCACUGUAAUUCACAUAUGUAUGCCAUUGUUUGCAAUCUGAGCGUUUUGUUUUGACAGAGGAUGAUCAAAGUAGGCCCGGGUUGUGCUGCUUCUGGUGACCUGAAUAUAUUUUCCACAUGUAGAAACCCUCCUCAACUUCAAAGACAAACACUUGCUGGAGAGAGCUAGAUGGAUGGGAAUGAGACUGUGGCCCUAAACCCUGAAACAUCACUUUGGAUCAGUGAGGAAAUACUUAGGGUUGAAAGCUGAUUUCAUUUGAUACUAAAUUUGAAAAUUCCAGGGUUAUUUUAUCAAGAUGAAGACAUUUUACCACCACCUACUGCAGAAACAUAUAAUAAUGUUAGAUUCUAUACUCUGUGUAAACACUUGAGAGGAAAAGCCCAAUCUGCAUUUCCCGUAGUUGGAAUAUCCUACAGCGAUCACAGGAACUCAGUCUCUAGGAUGUGGAUGCCAGGAAAUCAUCAUCAGGUAAUAAAAGGGCUGGGAGUGAGAACUGGUGUGACUUCAAACAUUACAGAGACCCACCAACAAGAAUGAGACAAGGAUUUGGUGACCGACCAUGUAAAGGCAAGGGUUUCCUCAUUUUGUGUAUAUGGAAUAUAUUUUUCAAAUAUAGAUUUUCUACUUUAGAUAAAAUGUUACUGUUGCUAAUACCUAGUUAAGCUUUAUUGUUCAUGGUAGUAAAAAAAAAAAUUGAAGAGAAAAGGAAAAAAAGUCCAUCAUUGCUUGAAGGUCACCAGCUUGAAUCAAUUUAGAUUUCAUCAUUACUAUUUUGCAUACUGGAAUUUAUAAAUUUGUAAAUUUUCAUUUUCUUAUACAAAUUGUUUUGUAAUAUCCUUUUUUAUAUGUGAAUAAAAUCGUUACCUGGUAUUCGUA